AUCCAGGAAAACAAAAACAAGCAAGUCACCGAUCAAAAGCAGGAUAAAUAGCUCGUUUUUCUCGGUUUUCCCUCAAAAUUCUCUGUGAUUCGCAAUGGAGAGUGACUACUUUGGCUGGAGUUUGCUCUUACGCACUAUCGCGAACGAUAUAAGGAGUGAUCUGGAUGUUCUGGUGGCGGUAAUUCACUGGCACAUGACCCGGAAUGGAUUCUCUUGCCUCAGCAUUGGAGACGAUAAGACCCUCGCGGAUACGGACAGAGGAUCGGAACUCCUGCCGGAGGACUGGAGCAGCCAGGGCGAUGUGUACAAGCUGAGGUACUUGAGACGGGGAGAAUUGUUCAUCCUCACAGCGCUACAGACUCAGGAAGUGGCAUUGUUCAAUCUGCUGAGCGUGAAGAGUCAGGAAGUGACCAAUGUGCAGUUCAACGUUGGCGAGACGGUGAGAGCGAGGUCGGGGAAUCUCACGGAAGUGCUCAAUGAUGCGCCAAAUGUGCUGAAGAAGAUCGAUGAGGAAUUUCUGACACCCAAGGCGAAUCAGACACCAAAAGAGCCCUCCAGAAGUCCACCACAGAGGAAUCCGCUGCUGGAGGAUCGAGGAAUUGGGAUAAAUCGUGGAAUUCCUGAUCCAUUCAGCGUUGGACGAGGAGAUUUGGAUCCUCUUGGACGUCUUGGUGGCGGAAUGCUCUUCCCCGGGCCUGGCCAUGGACACUUCCCACCUCCUGGAGGCUUCAGAGACCCAGGAUUUGGCAUUCCAGGUGGCUUGCCACCGGGUGCUGUGCCUCCCGGAGCGCGUUUCGACCCUUUCGCUCCCCUGCCAACGAAUCCCGGACGCCCACGACGUCUUCCUGGCAAUCCGGACAACGAUCAUCUGCCGCCGCCCGGCUACGACGACAUGUUCAUGUAAGAUCUUGAGGAGAAAUAAAAGACUCCAAGUGAGAUAUUCACCAACACCUUUUAUUUGAUAUCUUCACUAUCUUCAGUAUUUUGUCAUGUCUCAAUUGGAAAGACAUUGAAGAAUUAAGGAGAAUACAUUCGAUUAUCUUGUCUCUAUCAUAUAAAAUUGCUAGCAUAAUUGGUUUUACCAGAACAGGUGAUUAGGAAGAGGGGUUUUGGGGGUGGAAACGAGGGAGAAUUGUCCAAAAUACGUUAACAAAAUCACAUCGAACAAUUCUUCACUCCUUUCCGCCCACAAAUGAUUACACUCUGAGAGAAUUUACAGGAAAAGAGAGGAAAAAUGAGG